CAUCAUUCGGGCCUGAUCAAGAAGCUCUGCAUUGUACUGUAGAUAUAUAUAUACACGAUUGUACGCCACCACUUCAAGUUCGUGUACCUGAUUCUCUGGUAAGGUUGUACCAUGAGUAAAGGAGGUGGCAACAAUGAUCAGCUACUGUUGAUUGAUAACGAGCCUCUAGAGACCGACAUUGACCUGAGUGAAGUUGUUGAGACGAUGGAGCCAGUGGCAUCGGUGUGGAAACGAGUUGGUGUGCACUUACGAUUGCCUAUUUCCAAACUCGACCAAAUCGAAGGUGACCUGAAGGACUGCUUGAUGGAGAUGCUAAAGCAAUGGCUGAAUAGGAACUAUGACACAGUGAAAAAUGGGGAGCCUUCAUGGAGGAUGUUGGCUCAGGCAGUGGCUCGUGAGAACGGAGCAGUCUUCAAGACUAUAGCAGAACAGCACAAAGUUGCGAAGCCCCCUGAAGCAACUGCAAAGCAUAAACCCACACCAUCUGAAACACUCACCCCCAAAGCGACGCCCACUGAGACCCCUCCUCCCCCUCGUCCUGAGUGCCCUCAAGCUAUCAGAACAGAUCACCCAGCACUACACGAGAGACCUACACUCCGACUGCUACAAUGUAUCAAGUUCAAGAACUCAGAGGGUCAACAACAGCGGGUCCGUCCAAAGCAACAACUUGCCCCCAAAUGGAGAGAAAUGGGAACUGAAUUUGAAUUUGACGGUGCAAGACUAAGUAUUUGGGACACACAAUAUCGUAAUGACGAAGAACGAGCACACGCUGUGUUAGCCCAUUGGUUGGAUAAUGGGGCCGCCGAGUAUCCAUUGGAAUGGGUGAAGCUAUUAGAGAUGUUCGAUGUGCUCGGACUUGGGGAGUUUGGCAAACUUGUUGAGACAGCAUUGAUAGCAAACUAUAAGACACAAACUACGUGAGCGAUACUAUUUUUAUUUUUGUAUUGUUAUGUUCAUUGUCUGUUCAAAGUUUUACUGUGUGUGUGACGAUAAAUAAUUAUUAUUGACUCUG